GGCUCGGUUUGGCUCGGCUGGGCUCGGUUCGGCUCGGUCCAGCUCGGUCCAGCACUCCAUGCGUCGGCCUCGCCCCAUCGCCCCAUUUCGUCGAUCGAGCCCGCCCGCAGCGCUCUGCCAGCGAUCGCCAGCCCAGACAUGAAGCGUCCGAUCGACGUUGCCGACGACGGCAACGACGACGGGUCCUCGCAGAAGCAGCGCCAGGACCUGCCGAUCAAGAACGAGGAACAGCAUCCCGAGACCGUCUUCCAGCCCGUUUCGCUGCUGCAGCCAUCGCACGACCCAGUCGACCACCUAAAGCUCUCAUCCGCACCCGCACAUAUCCAACUGCAGCUGGCGUCCCAUGCCACCCUGCCUGUCAGCUACCAGGCUUUCAUCACCCAGGCAGCAGCGGCAGCCUCAUCGGCAUCGGCCAGCCAGGGACAGUCGCCCGACCCGAGACAGCUUGCCGAUACCAUGACCGCCGCUGCUCAGCUCUAUCAUCAUCACCAGCAGCAACAGCAGCAAUCGCAGCAACACCCUGGACCGACCACCGUCCUUGUCCCAAUCACCCUGUCGCCACAGCAGCACGGAGCAGCACCCGGUAUCGUCGUCGGUGCAGCAGGCGCUCUGUCACGGGAAGAGAAGCGAACAACGUCAGCAAAACGGGCCCUCCAGAACCGAGAGGCCCAGCGAGCCUUCCGCGAACGCAAACAAAACUACAUCCGCUCGCUCGAGGCCAAGGCCGCGGACCUGGAUAGCUACAUCCAGGAGCGGAUCCGAUACCAGCGGCAGGAGCAGGACUACAUCCGCCUCCAAGCCGAGCGGGAGACGUGGCUCAAGGAGCGAGAAGAGCUGAUCAGCGACCGCAAUCAAGCCUGGAGUCAGGUCGAGCUGCUCAAGAAGGAGCUGCAGCUGCUGCACAUGGAGAUCCGGCGUUUGACCGGGCUCGACCCUGUGGCACUGGUGGCGAAUGCACAGCUGAACGAGCAUGAGGAGCAUCCUCUGUCGGACGAGGGCGGGCACGAAUCCGAGGCUGCGGUCAACCAAGGCGAGAUGGAUUCAAUCACAAACGGCGUGGACUCGGCGCUUCAGUCGUAUUCGUCGCUGUACCACCAGCAGCCAUCAACAACAUCGGCCGAGGACUCGAGUAUCGUAUCAGUGGCGGCGAUGGAAUCGGCAAACGUCGCAGUCGUCGCCUCCAUCGUUGCCGCUGCUGCCGCCAGCGCCGUUGCAGCUGCCAACCAGGCACAGCAGGGCUCCUCGAAUCUGCACCACUUUCCCACCACGCAUGUGUCGCACGACUCCAUCUUCCCGCAGUCGCCUCUCGAUGAUGAUGAUGAUGGUGAUGGCGAUGGUGAUGGCGACGAUGACGACGACGACGACGAAGCAGACGAAGCAGACGACGGCGACGACGGCGACGACGUCAAUGACACCGACGACACCCAUAAAUCAUAACUCAUCCUGUGAAGAGCCUCGUUUUUCGUGAGAGAGAGAGAGAGAGAGAGAGAGAGAG